UUACAUCUCUCUAUUGGUUUGAAGUAACAAGUUUGGUGACUGCUUUAUUUCGUCCACACGCUUCCAGUAAGCCUCUCUGGGAGCCUCGCAGCCGACAUGGAUGGAGAUUCACUGUUUGGUGUCUCAGCUCUGAUUAUGGAGAAUGGCAUCAGCAGCGUCUCCUGGAACCCUUUCUCUUCAGAUGACCAGAAACACUGGACCAGUCCAGCGAAUGGAGAUCGAGGUGCUGUCGAAACAGUCAGAGAAAAUCAUUCUGAUCAGGACUGUGAUGUGAAAACGGAGAGCAGUGUGUUACCAAACACGACGAGUUUAACCAAAAGUGACAGCGUUCAUCAGACGGCACAGUUUUCAGAUGAUCCUUUUCCAGCUCCAGACUGGGUUUCGUUUCCUCCGCCUGAAUCUUUUAAAGACCACACAGCAAAUGGCUUCCGAAGCACGUCAGACACACGGAGUGAAGAAAUAGACAUUUUCCAGCCUUAUAAAGAGAAGGCAGACACCGAUUUCAAUCAGAACGCAGAAUCAUGGCCCUCGUCCAAUCAGAAUGCAGAAUCCUGGCCUUCGUCCAAUCAGAACGCAGAAUCAUGGCCCUCAUCCAAUCAGAGCACAGAAUCCUGGCCUUCGUCCAAUCAGAACACAGAAUGCUGGCCUUCGUCCAAUCAGAACGCAGAAUCAUGGCCCUCGUCCAAUCAGAACGCAGAAUCAUGGCCCUCGUCCAAUCAGAACGCAGAAUCAUGGCCCUCGUCCCAUCAGAAGGAUCCUCUCCUGGAAUACAUCCUCUCCAGAGGGAAGACCUUCCCGGCUCCAGCGUCUGAACCCCCCAGUGUUAAUCAAGAAGCCUCCUCUAAAGCGGACGGGUUCCUCAAGGCUCCUUCAGCGUCCUCCUCGCCGUUCGUUUCUGACACCAACGAUAUCUUCAAGAGAUCUGAAGUCUCUGACAUCCAGGCGUUGGAUCCUCUGUUUGCCCCUCAGACUGAAGUCCGUUCCUCUCAGAAGAGCGAGGAGGAUCUGCUGUUGUCCCGUCAGGAUGAGGCUCAUGAUGUUUCGACAGACAGAGUCCUUCAGGAGACGCCAGCUUUAGCAUCAUCUUCCACAAACCUCUCAAAUGGAGAUCUGAUGUUCAGGAGGCGUCCGCCCAGAGCUGCUCCCCGCAGUAAAGCCCCCAAGCCCCCUGCUCUCCCUCAGAUCACGUCGACUGAGAUGGAGAGAGAUCCGCUGGUGUACGAGGACGUUCUGCUCAUCGGUCAGGAGAACUGUGUGGAGGACUGGCCUGAACACAGUCCAGAGCUCUCUCCAGACUGGAAACCAGCUGGCAGGCUCCGGCUUCGGAGAGACUCUGUCCGGAUUCCAGCCGCGUCUGCUGGAGGCGGAGAGGAGGGUCUGAAGAAGAGCGGGAGGCAGAGUCUGGGGAGGAGACUGAGACACUCACUGCUCAUCAGGAGGAGCUCAAAGGAUAAAAGUGGAGAUGAAGUGAAGAGCCCUGAGACGAACUCAGUCUCUCUGAAUCCAGGCUCAAAGCUCAUUAACGGCACGGAGGAGUUUUUCGCUCAAGAUGAAGAACAGAAUGAAGCUGCUGAGUAUAAAUCGAAGAAACCAUCCAAACCCAAGAUUAUUACACUCCGCAGAAGCUCGAAGGUGAAGUCAGCUGAAGCUCCAGACUAUAAGGAUGAUUUAACCUCCUCAUGGAAACACGAUGAUCUCGAGCGUUUGAGAGAGAAGAAAGCAGAAGAUGUGGACUGCAAACCGAAGCAGCCACAUAAAUUCAACCCUCCUGUGCCACACCGACCAUCAAAGUCCUUCUCCAAAGAUCGCUCUCUGGAGGAAGAUCUGGAUCCUGGUGCUUCAGUCCGUGACAGUCAUCAGGUCAAACUGGUUUUGAGCCCAGAGAUGGACACACAUCUGGAUGAUGAAGAGCCAAACACAGAGGAGACUGAUGGACAGCAGAAGUGGAGAAAGAAAGUGCGAGUCCAGUUUGUUCCACGCAGAGGGUUUGUCAUCGCUCGGUCCAGGCAUGACAGGACGAACCAAACCCAGGAGGAAACACCUCAUCUGAAGGACGGAGCUGACGCUGAGCUGAAGGGAGCUUGUGGCUUCACUCCUCAUCCUCCGACGAAGGACGGCGAGCGGUUCGAUGACCUGAAGGGAGCGUUGGGUCACGAGUUGAAGACAGACACGCUCCUGAAGUCUGAAGCUGGACGCAGUGCUCAGAGAUCAUACUCUAACGGCGUUACGAGUCCAGCGUGGGACUCAAAGGCAGAUCUGGAGACAGACGUCUGUGGAUCUUCGGCUCUCUUCACACCGUCAGACGCCAGUGAGAAACAUCAGAAGAGAGUAAAGUUCCCUCGCCUGCAUCGCAGACAGUCCAAGAGUUUUGAAGAAGCUGAGAUGAACGAGGGCAGAGAUUCACAGAUGAAGAAGCCUCCUCUUCUGUCACAUCGAGACUCAAAGAAGGGAGCAGAUCUGUUUAAAGCAGGAGACGUGGAGCCGGCGGAGGAAUAUACACUGGACAAUAAACCACAGAAACACACAGAGACUGAGGCGCUCCACAGAGGGUCAAAGUGUCCUCCAGGAGACCUUCACCUGUCUGAUGCUGCAAAGGCCGAGUGGCUGUCGGCUCAGAUGGACAUGAGACGGCUGAAAGAUGAAGAGGAAGAGCAGAAGCUGGAGGAGGAGGAGGAUGAAGGGGACACUGACAGUCUGAUGGAGUGGUGGAACACAGUGGAGUCUUGGGAUGAAAUACGUCCUGAUGAGGCCAUCAGCACUAAAGAAGAAGAGACCAUAUCGUUUAAAGCGGUCGCUGAUAGGGUCCACCGCGGCCUCCGCGUGUAUCUGAAGCUCUUCAUGGAGCGAGCCGAGCUGCUCUACCAGCACGUGCUGAUCUUAUACGGUAUCGCCGAUGACCUCAGCAACUUCCACCACAACGCUAAAAUCGCCAACAUCACAGGAGGAACCACCACCGCUGUGGGGGGAGCCGCGGCCAUCGUGGGGCUCGCUCUGAUCCCCGUCACGUUCGGAGCGUCCAUCAUCAUCUCGGCCGUCGGUCUGGGCGUGGCUACAGCGGGGGGCAUCACGGCCGCCUCCGCCUCCCUCUCAGACACCAUCAACAACAUGCACGACCGUAAGAAGAUUGAAAUAAUCAUCAUGGACUACGAGGCCCAGCUGGUGGAAAUGCAGCACUGUUUGCGAUUCGUCAUUGAAGGUCUCUGUCGACUGCGAUCUCAUCCGCUGCUGCGACGAAACAACUACUACACGGGCGACUGGGAGGUGAGACGCGCACUCCAGACCAUUAGCUUAGCUAGCGACCCGGUAGAGCGAGCGGAAGAACUCAUUCAACGCACGCUGGCCAAGUUAGCCAGUCUGCAGAAAGGAAUAGACAAGUACUUCACCAAAGACUUGAAGGAGGUGAAGAAGGGCUGCAAGAAGGAGGUGACGGCCGAAGUGCGGAGUCUGGCCAAACAGCUGCAUGAAGGUUUAGCGGAGCUCAACUCCAUCAGAGAACAGCUGCUCGACGCCGGCGGAUACAUCUAGCAGUCAUCUCAGAUAAGCUUUGGGUGUCAGAUCUCCGCGCUCCCAUUGGUGGUUGCUGCUCAUUUGCAUAAAAUGGAAUGGUGAUUUUAAGCAAGUUUGGACUCUCAUUGAGAUGAAGUGAAGUCAAGCUGCUUUGUUGCUGCAAAUCUACUGCAUACAAUGAAACAAGAAAUCCAUUCAGCACGUCAACGAUUACAAGAUUCCUCCACAUAAAUAUUUAAGAGACUUGUUAUAAGGAACAUUCACAUCAGGAUUGCUGUGUUUCCUAAGAACAUUCCUUAAAUUAUUUCUAUCAGACAUUUGUAAUUUGAAUGGGCGUGGCUUCUGAAGUCGAUUAUGUUUAACUGUAUCCUACUAACAACUCGUUAUGCUGCUUGAUAUCGCAAACUGGUAUUUCCUGUUAUAUUUUAAUUGACUAUCGUUUUCAUAAACGCAAUGGUUUGUAGCACAAAAACUUCCUCACUUCCUUACCCAGAUAGCACACGCAUGUCUGCAAGACGUCUCUUAAAGAUCACUUCAUCUGGAAAGCAUCUGCUGUCUACAAACGUCUGACAGACGUCUUACAUUCAUUCCAAAUCAUAAACAUCUUAUAGACAUCUAUUUGACAUCUAAAAGGAAGCGUCCUAUAGACGUAUUGCAGAUGAGCAAACAACCUAAAAAACAGGUAUUGCAGAUGUAAAUGCACACCUCAAAUAGACGUCUCUGAGAUGUAAAUUGUGCUAUUAGAGGUUGAUCUGGAAAGCAUCUGCUGUGUGCAAACAUCUGAUGGACAUCUCAAAGAUGUCAGUUUUACAUGCAUUCGAAAUCAUAAACAUCUUACAGACAUCUUCUAAACGUCUGUGUGACAUCUGAUUGGAAACGUCCUGUAGAUGUAUUGCAGAUGAGCAACACUCUAAAAAACACGUCUUGCAGACGUCAAACAGACGUCUCUGUGAUGUACGUGUGCUAUGAGCUUAUUAUUGUAGUUAUUUCCCUGAUAAGAUUUCAAUAAGAUGUUUAUGAUUUUGAAUGCAUGUAAAACUGACAUCUUAAAGAUGUCUAUCAGAUGUUUGUACACAGCAGAUGCUUUCCAGAUCAUGAGAUCUUUAACAGACAUCUUGUAGACGUUGCUAUAUGGUUUAUUGAUAGAGGAAGCCUCGCACAUUCACAGGAAAUACUUCAGCUUUACAAAAUGAGGAUAUGUAGUAACAGAUGAUAUUACAUUGCAUCUGUAUUGUACAACUGCUGUGCUGCGGUCACAGUUUGUGGUUAAAGCCCAGUUUUUGUUCACAAUCUGGUUCUGCUUUUGGUGAGAAUGAAGCCGCAGACAAGAAUCACUUUUAUCUAUUUAAAAAAAAAAAGGCUUUAGGCUUUGGUUAAACUGCAUUUUUAUGUAAAUCUUUCAUAUGCUUUUGCACAGAUUGUAUUAUUAACAACCCUAAAGCUGUUACACACACACACACACACACACACACACAAAGUUUUCAUGUCUUGACAUGAUGUUGUGCAAUACUGGAAUGAAGGUUACUUUCAUUAAGAU